UGGAAACACAAAUUCCCCAGAUCGAAUACAAACUCAAAAUCGAUUUCUCCCCAAAUAUUUUCAGGCUUGGCCAAUCUUGUUAAUAGCUCAGGCCCAUAUUUAAAUGCGCGGGUUACUUUUGUUAUGGCGCGCCCAUCCGGUGACUUUGACGCCUUCACUUUGUACACCAACUGUUCGAUGAAAUGUCUUAAAGGAGUUUCUUCCUGAUUCACUUACCUCACUAGUUUCGCGAAGUGUGAUCAGGGUUUCGAAAUUUUCAAUCUUUUCUCUCCUACCUCUUGUUUCGGUUCCUGUCUUCAGGCACACUAGUUUGGUCGGCUGAUUUCUGCUUCUGUUAAGAUUUUGAAGAUGAGCUCUACCGUUUGGUGGGAAGGAGUUGAGAAGACACGAGUUCUCAUAGCCCCAGGAAUAUAUAGUGACGUGGCCCUUCUUUGUUUCAUAUGUAAAGAUUCAGGUCGUGGCGGAGACAAACCGGGAGAACUAAUAACACUUCGCCAUCCAAAAUCAGAAAACGGAACAUGCUACCUCUUUAGUAAUGGGAUGCUUCAAGAAAUUCAAUGGUUGAAGCAAUCAUAUGGUUCUUGGUUCCUGGGAGAUUACAUCUCUCAAGAUGGAAGCUUAUAUAUGACCACUCCAGUUGAUCCUGUUUUCAUCUUGUUGCCUAUCUUCGAGGAAGCAAGAAUGAAGAAUGGUGAAGAUCCUGGAAAGUUCAGGCAACUGGAUGAGAUCUUGUAUGUGGAAGGGUAUCCUGGAUAUCAACAUCUGUUGUCACUUGCAGAGAAGUCUAUGGAGAUCGUUUGUCAAACUCAAGAGGUUGGAUCUAUGAAGUUCUAUCGGCUUGAUAACUCGAAAGUCUUAGCUUGGUUAAGUUGUAAGGUGUGCUGUUUAAAGAAGACUCUGCCAGAAUUGGACAAGAACUAUGCAGCUCAAGAUGAGAAACAAACAUUGGUAGAUGCAGUUUCAAUUGUGGGAGAGUACCUGAAGACAGAGCCUUGGUUGAAGCUUCUCUACGAUCAUCUUGGGCUCGAGUUUGUUGACCCGACGAUGAAAGAAACCAAUAUGGAGAAUCUUCCAAUUGCAAAUGAGAAAAACAUGAUGGACUACUCAAAUUCAUCGCAGGAGAAGGCAAAUAAGAAGGCAGGAAAGUCUGCAAAACAGACCAAGCAAGCAAAAGCAGAGACUGGAUCAAAGAACAUUAGGGAUAUGUUUUCAAGGGCUUGUAAGAAAAAAUGCUAAACGGUCGAAACCAUCAAACUAUUUAUGAUUGUGUUUUGUUUUCCUAUCCAUCUAUCUAAUGAUCACCAACUCACAUAAAUUUGAAAUCCACAAGUGUUAGCUUAUUAUCUGAAAUAUGUAUGACUGACUCUGUUGAUAUAAGAAGAAACUGC